GUGUCAAAACAGGUCUAUAUUAAGAAGGGAUGGCAGUAAAGACAUCGACAUACAGAGCCACACCUGCGGACACUACUCCCUUCUAUUUUUUGCAGUCAUGGCUGUUAGCACGCAAUGUUUUCACCUGUUCCUCCUUUUGUGCUGCCUGCAGACCUGCCUUUCAGAGAAAGAUGAAAGAGGCUUCACUGGUACAGAGACCAACGACGGGGUGUUUGUCAGCCCCCAAGCCCGAAAAGUCCUGAGCAGCAACCUCACUACGGUCUUCCUCCCCAUCAUCUACAUCAUCGUGUUUGCUAUGGGGCUGCCCACCAACGCCUUGGCAAUCUGGGUGUUCCUCUUCCGGACCAAGACAAAGCACCCGUCCUCCAUCUACAUGGCCAACCUGGCUGUGUCUGACCUGCUCUUCAUCAUCUGGGUCCCCCUAAAGAUAGCGUACCACUUCAACAGCAACAACUGGAUCUACGGAGAAGGGUUGUGCAAAGUGAUGGUGGCCUUCUUCUACGGCAACAUGUACUGCUCCAUCGCCUUCAUCGCCUGUAUCAGUGUUCAGCGUUACUGGGCCGUGGUCCACCCGCUGUCCCAGCACCAGAAGGACAACCGUGUAGCCAUCGGCAUCUCCGUCACCAUCUGGUUGUUGGUGUGGCUCAUCACCAUCCCUCUGUACCUGUACGACCAAGAGGUGCGUGUCGCAAACCUCAAUAUCUACACCUGCCAUGACGUCACCAGGCCCAGUCAGAAGAAAAUCGCUGCAGGCUACUUCCUGACAAUGGGAACUCUUGGAUUUGUCGCUCCCACCAUCGUGAUCAUCAUAUCCUACGUCCUGAUUCUCAGGGCUUUGAGGAACAGCAUGGCGGACCCUGCCAUCGCCAAGAAGCGCAGGAAGGCUGUGGUGUUGAUCAUCACGGUGCUGGUGAUGUUUUUAGUGUGCUUCACCCCUAGUAACAUCAUGCUGCUGGUGCACUACAUUCUCCUGUUGGGAGAGGUUAACAACAGCCUUUACGGGUUUUACAUCACCACGCUGUGCUUGGCGAGUCUCAGCAGCUGCUUCGACCCUUUUAUUUAUUACUUCAUCUCAGAGGACUUCAGGGACCAUGUGAAGAACACGUUCCUCUGCAGGAGUGAGAGGACAGUGGAGAGGAUGAGGGUCUCCUUCAGUGCCCUCAAAUACUCCAAGAAGAACAACACUUACACGUCUAGUUCAGGGAACAAUCCGACUCAGAGCACCGAGUGCUAGUGCAUUGUUUUUUUAAUUCUUCAUUAUUAACUUUCCUCAGGUAUAAACUAACAUGGAUUUCUUUGGGAAAAAACUUUGGAGUCAUCUGUGUCAAAGAAAUCCUACAAGCUCUGAGCUGCCUAAGUUACUGCUUCGGUUAUUUCUAAUUUUGUAAAUAUAUUUAAAUGUUUUUAUAUCUUAGCACUUUCCUGAUGUAUUAAUCUGCAGUUUUAAUUGAUUUCAAUGGGACUUACAACAUUAAACUUUGGUUUUUUUUGUAAAUGUGUGUGAUAUUUUAGACCAGGCUGUUAAUUGAAAUGAAUUUGUUGUCUUUGGCAGAGACCUUACAUUUUGCAUCUUGUAUGAUACAAGCCUGAAACACGUAUUUAUCUAUAUGUGUUUUUAAAGUAUCCAUUACAAGUUGUUUAACCUUAUUGUUAAAGUUUGUCAAUAAAAGUUUUUUAAAAGGUUUCUUUCAUUAGUACUUUCUGUAGACCCUGAAAAGUCUUGAAUGGGUAUUUCUGAACUCUUUGAAGGUAUUAAAAGUAUUAUAUUCUAUUUACAAAUAUCUUGAAAUAUAUUUCUUUGCCUGCCAGAGUUACAUUAUAAUGUUAGUGACAGCAUGUUUUUGUAUCCAGUUCCAGUCUGUCAGGCGAUGUGAGUACAUCUAACUUAAAGGUAGGGUUGUUAGGACAGUGGAUGUUUUGCAGGAGGCAGUUUUAUCCUUUGUACAAUUUGUACUUGGUUACAUUUCCUCUGCCUUUAUUGUCAGGCAGGCAAUUGUAAAGGUUAAGCUACAUGUUCCUUUUUUUCAAAACAAUGUUUGUAUUUAUUUAAAUACUGUUUAUUGUCACAGUCUUCUAAAAGUCUUCUCAUAUAUUGUAGUAAGAGUAUAAAUCCAUUGGAAAUUCAUAGCUCAUGAUUUCGUCAGUCACUAGCACAAUUUCUCACUCUGCCCAAUAAUAGAAUAGGUUUAUUAAAUUGUGAAACAAAUAAUUGGAUUUUUAGGUUUUCUAAACUGGAAAAAUGUAUUUUAUCAAGCCCUCAAAUGUAGGAGAAUGGUGCACAAAGGUUUCUGAGAGGUGAAUCAUACCUUUUAUAAAUUGAUCCGAUUUUAAAAUGUUGUGUUGAAAUAAUUUCUUGUAAACAUUUAUGCAUCUUUGUGUUCAACCCCGGCCUUUACAGAAUGGAGCUGUUCAGAUUGUUAAAGGAGUUAACUUGCAACAGUUACAUGGUUUCUUGUUAGAUUCAGUGUAGUUUAUAAUAUAUAACAAAGGUUAUAGGCAACAGUCACAUCAAAUGACAAUGGUGGUCUGUAAAGAGUCCAAAACAGAGGAUAUUUAGUGGAACAACAUUCAUGAAUGUGUCCAUUAUAUCUAAAAUAUCUUCAUGAAACACGUUCUUAUAAUUAUUUUAUUUUAUGAUUU